UCAAAAUGAAUAAUGUGGAUGCAUUGACAGAGACAUCGUCAACAUCUCAAGAAAUCUCUUCUCGUGUGUUAAAAAUACCAGAAAUUUUACUUCGCAUAUUUAGAUAUUUAAGCGACGAAGAUCUACAACAGUGUGGCCAAGUGUGCAGUUCCUGGAAAGAUGUUACUAAAGACAUCUUAUAUAAGAAAAUAGCAAUUUUUCGUAAGAAAAUACCAAUUUCAAUGUUGAACACCUUAGCAGACAAUUCUGAACAACUACGUUCUUUCGUCGGAUAUAGUGAUUACUUUCAGUACCUAUGGUUCUAUUUGAAACCAUGUAUGAUUUGCCCUUGUAUGCCUCCACAUCGUACAGAACAUACAAUUCCAUCAGGAGAUGAAUCAUUCGAUGCACUUACCUUCCUCAAAGAAAAUAAAAACAAAGAAAACGUCCAACUAUCAUGUGAUGUUUACUCAUUGUCAGAAGACGAAAUCGAAAUAAAUAUCGCAAUCUUUCCAUCAGUUCCUGGCUUCAAUAUUCGUCAUUUUUCAUUUACAUUCAAUGAACGAUUUAUAUUUUAUACAAGAAAAAUGCUGUACGUAUCACAGCUACUCAACAUACCAGAAGAGAAACUGAAGUGCGUCAUCGGAAUUAAAGAUUAUGGGAUCUAUUUCCACGACAAUGGAACUGGUGCAUACACUACUUACACGCUCGAAGAGAAGAUAAGAAAAGGCAUUGCUUUCUAUGGUGAGAGAGUUCAGGCAGUUUCUUUAUGUGUCCAAAGUAGCGAAUGCGAUUAUCGUAAUGUUAAAGAAAAACUAGAGAGACUGAAACGUUUGAAACCAAAAAUGGUGCAAAAAAGAUGUUUUGCAUUCAUUUUUCAUAACAUGUAUUGUGAUAUAUGUAAAUGUCCAAUAUUUCAAGCGUUCAAAACAGUAUUUCCAUUUGUUACCUCCAUUGAAUAUUCCGAGUUACCUCAGUUUGAAGUGCUGAAUCCACCCGAAAACUUCAAUUUCGAUUGUGUUAAUGUAGGUACUAUAUUUACACAAGUUAUUAUUCUAUUUACGUUCGUAUCCGACUACUUGAAGCGACUAAAUUCUACAUUUCUUCAGAUGAUUACAUCUCCUGAAAAUGUUCAAAGUUUCGAAAAUAUCAUACGACCUCAUUCCCGGAUUUGGUUGCUUAUCGAAGAAAUAAAUGAGAUCGGAAAGUACUUCUUUCCAUUAAUGUAUUGCUAUGCCAUUUAUAAUACAAGUUUUAGUAUAAUUCUUGCGAUUUUCUUCGAUUUAGAUCCACGUUUUAAAGGAGAACUUUUAGGACAUUUCUUUUUUAUUUUGUUUUUAAGCAUUGUAGUUUCUUAUGGAUUAUCAAGAAUAAAUGCUCAGCUGUACGGCAAUUUUUACGAAUGCGACAUUUUAUCUUCGAGUCGUUGUUCUGUUUUGUAUAAACUCAAGAUUUUGGAUUUCAUGAAACGGUUUGGACGAACACCAAUUGGUUUAUCUGUCGGAGAACUUUUCUGUAUAAAAAAGAAUUUCGUCAUCAGAGUGAUCAGUGCCAUUUACUCGCUUCUUUCGUCUCUCCUGGAACUGGCAACAACAAAUGAUAAUGCCUGCAACACACAAAUUACAAAAACUGGAAAUCUGUCAUUUACUGAUUGA